AGGGCUUGAUCUAUCCAGAACAGAAAACACACAAGGGUAACCUUACUUGAAGUCCAUUUGAGGAUCGUCUCCUACUUAAUGUAUUAAUCCUGAAUUACUCAAAGAUAUCUCCUACAAUGGAAGACGGUAGAGAAACUGCUGCGAUGAGGGAGCAGAAACGGAAGGAUCGACAAAUAGCCUUGGAGAACACAGACAGUGACAUUGGCUUGUGUGGAUGGAUACUGGUGCUGUUUUCCAUUCUCCUCACGUUGCUGACUCUGCCUCUCUCCAUAUGGAUGUGCAUUAAGAUAGUGAAGGAAUAUGAACGGGCAAUUAUCUUUCGUUUAGGACGCAUUUUGCGAGGAGGAGCCAAAGGACCAGGUCUGUUCUUCAUCUUGCCCUGCACAGACAGCUUUAUUAAUGUGGACAUGCGUACCAUCACCUUUGAUAUCCCCCCUCAGGAGGUGCUGACAAAGGACUCUGUGACAGUGAGUGUAGAUGGUGUGGUCUAUUACCGUGUGCAGAACGCCACACUGGCAGUCGCCAACAUCACCAAUGCAGAUGCAGCCACCCGCCUGUUGGCACAGACCACACUGAGGAAUGUGCUGGGUACAAAGAACCUGGCAGAAAUCCUGUCUGACCGGGAGGAAAUCGCCCACAGUAUGCAGUCCUCCCUGGAUGAUGCUACAGAUGACUGGGGUAUUAAAGUGGAGCGUGUGGAGAUUAAGGACGUCAAACUGCCCCUGCAGCUCCAAAGAGCCAUGGCGGCUGAAGCUGAAGCCACCAGAGAGGCCAGAGCCAAGGUGAUCGCCGCAGAGGGAGAGAUGAAUGCGUCACGGGCACUGAAGGAGGCGUCUCUGGUGAUCGCAGAGUCCCCCUCUGCUUUGCAGCUGCGCUACCUCCAGACCCUCAACACCAUCGCAGCAGAGAAGAACUCCACUAUAAUUUUCCCUCUACCCAUAGACAUGAUGCAGUCCUUUUUGAAACGCUAAGCUGGGGGUGGCUAUAGAAUACGGGCACCUACACACAUGAACACACAUAUAGCAAUGCAUCCAUGCAGAAGUGAACCGGCCGACAUUAAAUAUCAUGCACACAUGUGCAUAUAAUGAACAUAUGCUGCAUACACAUUCUAAACAUUCACAGCUGUUAUCUAGCAUAGGAUCUGUAGAUGUUCCUGGUAAAGACCCAGUAUUUGCUAUUAGCCAUAUUUUUAAGUUUGAUUGGAUGUACAGAUUUUGAUGUCAAAAACAGAAAUAUAUUCUCUUUUUCAAAGUUGAUAAGCCUAUUUCGUUUGCUAACCUUUAUGGUUUGUUACAUUUUAUUAUUUGCAUUACGCAUUGUAUUUUCACUGCUGUUUUUAACCGUAUCAGGACCCGCAACCCAUUUUUGGGUGAUGUGGAGUUCAAAGAGAUGCGUUGUUUUGUUUUAAACUUCAGUUGUCAAUGUUUUUAAUGCAUAAAAUUCUAAAUCGUGAAUAGGCUUUAAUGAAUUUUGUUUAUAAGCCCACUAUCUUCGUCUGUGAAUGGGACAAAACAUUGCGUCCAAAACAAACCAGUGCUGCAUAAUCUCAUUGAUAUUAAAAUGAAGGUCUAUUGUGAUUAGACCUAUUGUGUAGCUGUAAUUUGUUUUGUAUGUGUGUAUUUCAAGCAUGUGUAACCUAACCUACUUGAUUGCGAAAUGGGUCAUAAACCAUCUAAAGGGAUGUUUGGAUAGUAUCAGAUGUAAAGAUAUUGAAUUGACAGCGAUGCUUAUUGUGCCUACCGAGAACCUUUAUUAAUGAUGUCUAACAAUGUUAAGCCUUAAGCCAUAUUCAUUUAAAUCACUGAAUUAAUAUUUACAGGUUUUCAUGAUGCUGGUUGUUAUAAACCACAAUGGAUUAGAAGUCUAGUGUUUUUAUGUUAAUUUCAUAUGACAUCAUAUGCCAAAUUUCAUAACUUAAAUUGUAAUUUUUAAGAUCUUCUCUCUCAUUUCUGACCAUAUGGUCUGCCAAACAUUUCAUACAUGUAAAAUAAUAUUUGUGUGUGCAAUGGGAAAAAACCAUUCAGGCUGAAGAGUUCAAUGUUUGCUUUUAAUGUGACUAUUUGCUGCUUUAAAUAUCAGAGGAUGGAAUUUAUAUACUCUUUUCAGAACUCAAAGAUGUAAAUAACUUGGCUAAAUGUAGUGCUGUCUAAAAGCUAAUAAGGGUAAAGGUUAUUAUCUAAAUAUUGUAUCUAUAUCUCCUAUUGGUCUAUUAAAAUUCUAUACCAGUAUAAAAAAUUAUAUAUACUUUCAUUUAUCUGAUAUACUGUAUGUUGAAUAUCACAUUUGUUUUGGAUUUGUUUGUUUUUUGACUACUCGUUAUGUACAUUGUAACUUUGAAUGUUGUUUGUCACUGCAUUUUUAUGCAUAUCAUUUAUAUUGUUUGAUGUGUAAUUUGUCCAAUUACCUUUAGUAGAUCAUAAUAUGUAAUAUUUCCCAUUUCAAGACUUAAAAGUACAUUAACUCUUUACCUUUAAACAAGUGUUGUGUUCCCCCCCGGAAUGUUUAAUGAAGAACACUCUGGAAACCA